AUGUCUGAAGCCGAACCCCGCCGAUCGGUGCGCAGCACCAAGGGCCAGCAUAAAGCCCUCGAUCAGCUCGACCAACCACCAGAACAGCCAAAGAAGCGCGGACGCAAGAAGAAGGAGGAGAAGCAGGAGGAGCCCGAGGAGAUUAUCCGCUGUGUGUGCGGUGCCACAGACCAGGACAACGCCGACCCCAACGAGCCGUGGAUUGCCUGUGAGACGUGCGACGCGUGGCAGCACAAUGUGUGUAUGGGCCUGAGCAUUUUCGAGGAAGAUCUUGCUAGUAAAUACUUCUGCGAACAAUGCCGCCCGGCCGACCACAAGGAGCUGCUCGACGGCAUUGCUCGCGGCGAGGAGCCGUGGGUCGCCCGCCGCCGCGCGUACGAGGAGGAGAAGGCCAGGGAGGCUGAGGAGGCGAGCAAGAAGCCCAAGAAGGGAAAGAAGGCCAAAGCAGCGGCUGCUGCUGCUGCUGCUGCGGCUAGGCGCGCGAGUGAGGCUCCCAAGGAGCCGGCUGCCAAAGAGGAACGAGCUGCGACUCCUGCUAGUGUCAAGAGCAAGCCAUCUCCUGCUCCUGCGGCGGUUCCGACCCCGACUCCCGCUCCUGUACCUACGCCUGCCCCUGCGCCCGCAGUGGAUGCAAAGAAGGAGUCGACCUCCAAAGCUGCCGCGUCCGCCGCCGGCAAUAAGCGUAAAGCUCGCGAUCCGGCAGAUGACCAAGCACAAAAGGGUUCUGCCUCGAAAAUACGUAAAAUUUCGGACACUCAGAGUGUACCUACCCCAGCCGAGGAGCCCAAGGCGAGUGCCGAGCCAGCAACAGUCAAGCCAGCCACUGAACCCUCCCCUGCUCCAGCAUCGGCCUCAGUACCAGCCUCGGCUGCGGCCCCAGCUGCGGCCCCGGCUGCGGCUCCGGCUGCGGCUCCGGCUCCUCCUCCCCCUCCGUCUCCUCCUCGCCGGAAAGUCAAGUACGACCCUCCUGCGGACUUGCCGGCUGCCAUUGGUGAGCUGCCCGCUGCCCAGCAGUCCACGGCCAAGGCCCUCAGGAAAAGUAUCUCUACCGCUCUGUCAGCCUUGGAGAAGAAGAAAAAAAUUUCUCCAGGCGAGGGAUCAACGGCAGCACAAGUUGCGGAGCGUCUUGCUAUUCAGAUUGAGCGCGCCGUGCAGGACACGCAUGCCAACACCAGCAAAUAUGCUGCUCAGAUUAAAACUCUGGCCUUCAAUCUCAAGUCCAACACGGACCUUGUCAAGGGAUUACUCGAAAGCACCCUGUCGCCCCCAAUUUUGGCAACCAUGACGACGGAUCAGAUGGCUUCGAAGGAGCUGCAGCGAGAGACGGCUGAGAUGCUCAAACGUGCAGAGAAGCAGAGUAUUUUGAUCAGUGAUAAUGGGCCCCGGAUGAGAAAAACGCACAAGGGUGAAGAAAUAGUCGAGGAUGAGCCCUCGUCGGCCGUUGAUGAUGCGCCUAGCGCCCCCAUAAGGAUCCGCGAGUCUGUUCCUGGCCCGGCCGGUCCCGUGGACGAUGAGCAAUCUCCAGCUGAUCAACCUGGAGGUGAUGCCAUGGAGGUAGAGCUGCCAGCUGAUUUGGAUAUUCGUCGCCCUUCACAGACUGCCAGAGAAAAGAUGAGGAUAGACACUCAAUCAAGUGCCCGAUCACCAAGCUUUGAUAUAAACAAAGUAUUCUCCCAGGUCAAGUCUCCAUCACAGCCGGGGCGACGACUAUCGCAGGCGGUUGCUCCGGCCAAGGGUUCUGUUCACGACCCCGAUGUUGACAGGAUGCUGAUGGGAGAUGAUGCGACCGAAUCGGAUGGGUACUCUCCCACCGAGGAGACGGACCCAGAAGUCGUCUGGAGAGGAAUAUUAGACAUGCCCAACGUGGCGAGCGUGCCCGUCACGUCGAGAUGGGCGGGUGGUGGCAAUCUUUUGAACGCGUACGGCAAGCCAUGGAGUCAAGUCUUUCCGUCCAAGCUACACGUCCAUGGCCGUCUGGACGAGGAAACUACGUCAGCCUACCUGUGCGGCAUGAGAUGGAGGGCCGAGAUGGACGUGAUAGUUACGGGUGUACACCCUGCCAGGGACGAUCGCAAAGCGGAUUUUGCAAAGAUAGUGUCAUAUUUUGUCCAAAGGAAUCGCUACGCCGCCGUCACCAACCCCCAGCCUGGCAUCACCGCGACAUACCUCAUUCCUGUUCUCCCGGACCAGCCUUAUCCCGAAAUAAUGCUCAACCUUGAGGACAAUAAGAUACCCGAGAAGCGCACAGAGCCCAUGCUCCUUGCAGUCUUUGUCUAUCAGAACCAGGCGGCACAGCUGCAGGAACUCCGCGAGAAGCAGGCCCGCGGAGCAACUUUCCAGCACCCGCAACCCCAAGGCACGCCAACGCCGAAUUCGAUGGGUAGCAAACCUAGGCAUUCAUCUGCAUCGGCACCGACCUGGUCGCCUAACACACCGCAUGGGGGUUUCCCGUCGACUAUGGCUUCGCCGUCACCAGGGACUAACGGUCAGGGGAGGGGCCAAUUUCAGCAUCAGCAGCAACCAGCCCCGGCUGGACCGACGUUUCCGCAAGCAAAUCAACAGUUCUCUCACGUACCUCUUACUCCCCAUGCCCUGGCUGCUCAAAAGCAGCAACAAAUGCAGCAACAGCAGGCUGCUCAGCAGUUGAGCGCAGCAUCACCUGCAGCUGCUAACGCGACUGCGGCAAACUUCCAAGCUGCUGGUCCGCAGCCGCCCUCGCAAGCCGCCAUUGCGCGCGCCACUAGCAUCCUGGGACCUGAGCUUGUUCACAGCGCGACGGCCCGUAUGCUACUUUGUGCCCCAUCGGCCAACGAGAUGCAACCGAAAGAGUGGGAGGUGAUCAAGAAGGUGUAUACCGAGCACCCUGGUACUAGAGAUGACGCACAACUUCUCAGCACGCUACUGCACGACUAUAAUGUCAAGGAGCAGCAACACCGAAUGGCGGCCCAGCAGCAGCCAGCCCGACAGCCGGCACAGCAACCACCACCUCCACAACAACAACAGCAGCAGCAGCAGCAGCCGAAGCCAGUGCAAGCGCCAACCCGACCCGUCCAGCCACCGCAAGCACGACCGCCGCAACAGCAACCGCAGCAGCAGCAACGAACUCUGUCCCAGAAGCCACAGGCACAGUCUGCGUCUCCGAUGCCGCCCACGCAACAACCGGGCGCCACUGCUACUCCCGCUGCAGCAACUCAGCCAGCGCAUCCACGACCGGUAUCGCAAACCCCUGUCCCUAUUCCUCACGUGCCACACACGCCACAGAACAAGCUUCCCGGUGCUGCUUCUGCGACCGCCACCAGGCCGGCUCAGACUCCGGUGCCCGUGCCCUCGGCAGCCCCCGCGGCUGCCCAAGCAACAGCCGCAGCAGCGCCAGCAGCCCCUCCGACAGCUGGCGGAGCGAAGUAG